AUGUCUGCUCCACACGGGCCCCGGGGCGGCCCUGGCCCUGCUGCCGCUGCCGCUGCUGCCGCUGCCGCCGCUGCUGCUGCUGCCUCAGCGGCCGGCGACAUGCCGGAGAUGCCGGACCUGAGCCACCUCACCGAGGAUGAGAGGAAGAUCAUCCUCGGUGUCAUGGACCGACAGAAGAAGGAGGAUGCGAAGGAACAGACGAUGUUAAAGAAGUUGCACCAGCAGUUUGAAUCGUAUAAGGACCAGGUUAAGAAGAUGGGGGAGGAGACUAAGCCGGCUCAGGACCUGAAGAGCGAAGCCCCAACCUGCGGGAUAUGCCACAAAACCAAGUUUGCCGAUGGCUGUGGCCACCUCUGUUCAUAUUGCCAAACGAAAUUCUGUGCUCGGUGCGGAGGACGAGUGUCUCUGCGGUCAAAUAAGGAGGACAAAGUGGUUAUGUGGGUAUGCAACUUGUGCCGAAAACAACAAGAAAUCCUCACCAAGUCGGGAGCGUGGUUCUACGGCCCGGAGCCCGGUCAGGUACGGGGUGUGUUUGAGGGCGGGCCGCAGGGGAAGAAGGCCAAACUGCAGGACCCGUCUCUCUACCCCUACCAGGGAGCCCCAGGGGACCUGACACCAGGGUCAGACAGAAGCAGACCUCACGGCGGGCUCCUGCCCAGACAGGCGUCCCUUGACAACGGAUCGGGGCUGAGCACUCUCUCAGACACUGACACCACGGACAUGCUGUGUUUGUGA